GGCACACAGGCUUCAUUUCACUGUGUGAGCCGUCCCUGUUAAAACUACCAUACUUGAACUUAUUUCUACAUAACACGCUUUGUUCAAAUCUGGCGAGCGUCUGUCUGUUACUGGUGGCAAUCAUGACGACUACUAGGACCUUCAGAACACGGUCUGUUCUGGCUGCUUUAUGAAUCAUGACCACCUGGAAUCACACGGCCAAGCCCGACGAACACUUUGACAGAAAUGCAUGGCGGAUGGUGACACGUGACUGUCCCGACCGGCACGCGUCCAGCCCUCCGGCCGCGACCUUCGGGGUCGUCGGCUCCGGCGCGCAGCGGAGCUCAGUAUCGAUCGCGACGCGGCGCCGAGAAGGUUCACCGACGGCGGGGUGCUCUGAGCCCCUCCCCAUCCCGGUCCCCGGUCGGCGGCGGCGGCGGCGCGGGCGACGGGCUCCAGUCGACGUCUGGCGGCGGUGUGCGCGAGUCAUGGCCAUGUGCUCGCCGGCGGCGCUCGAGUUUGAGGUCGAGGAGGACCAUCACCAGUGGGUGGACGACUCGUACGUGAACAAGCUGCCGCGCCGCACUGACGGCGGUGUCGACCUGCAGGACCUGGCUGAGGAUGACGAGGGCAACGAGCACCGCGUGCUGGUGCUCUACACCGGAGGCACCAUCGGCAUGGUGCGCAACAGCGACAACGUGCUGGCGCCGUGUCCCGGCGUGAUGGAGAACAAGCUGCGGACGUAUCCCAACAUGCACGACUCCGAGUACGCCGAGCAGCGGUUCCGCCGGGCCGAUACGGCCGCACUCGUCCUGCCGCUGUCGAGCACGUCGACCACCCGCGUCAUCUACACGGUCUAUGAGUACGACCCACUGCUGGACUCGAGCAACAUGACCAUGGACGACUGGAUCCGCAUCGCCAAGGACAUCAAGCAAGCGUACCACUGGUUCGACGGCUUCGUCAUUCUGCACGGCACAGACACCAUGGCUUACACGGCCUCGGCCCUCUCCUUCAUGCUGGAGAACCUCGGGAAGACGGUGAUCGUCACCGGCUCACAGAUUCCGAUAUUCGAGACGCGCAGCGACGGCCGCGACAAUUUCCUGGUAUCGCUGCUCCUGGCCGGCCAGUUCACCAUCCCCGAGGUGAGCGUCUUCUUCAACCACGAGCUCUUCAGGGGCAACCGCACCACCAAGCUGAGCACGGACAAGCUGAACGCCUUCGGCUCGCCCAACCUGGCCCCACUGGCCUCGGUCGGCAUCGACAUCGAAGUCGACUACAAGUCGCUGUUCCGUCCGACGACCAUAGCCAAGUUUGAGGUACACAGCCGCCUGUGCCGGAACGUCGGCAUUCUACGAGUGUUCCCCUCCAUCACCACCGAAACGGUGAAGGCGUUCCUGCAAGAGCCCAUUCAGGGCGUCGUGCUGCAGUCGUACGGCGCAGGUAAUGUGCCGUCCAAUCGGAAGGACCUACUGGAGGCGCUGCGGGAGGCCACACAGCGCGGCAUCAUCAUCGUCAAUUGCACCCAGUGCAGCCAGGGUUCGGUGAGCACCGUGUAUGAGACGGGCAAGUCGCUGCAGGACGCCGGCGUGCUGCCCGGAGCGGACAUGACCCCAGAGGCGGCGCUCACCAAGCUGGCCUACGUGCUCACCAAGGACAGCUGGGACCACGAGACCAAGCGGAAGAUGGUGACCCAGAACCUGCGCGGCGAACUGUCUGCGGACGCGGAGGUGGAGCUGCAGGACCAGGACCUGGCCGCCGCCGUGGCCCAGAAACUGCAGAUGACCUCCGGCUCCGAGCUGGAGCGGCUCAGGGAGACGCUCUACCCGGCCAUGUUGUGCACCGCUGCAGAGACGGGUGACAUUCAACGAGUGGACACCAUCCGGGCAUUCGGCGCCGACGUAUCCGGCACCGACUACGACCGCCGCACGCCGCUUCACGUGGCGGCCAGCGAGGGGAAUCUGGAGAUGGUACGUCACCUGCUGCACUGCGGCGCCAGCGUUCACGUGCGGGACCGCGCCGGGGCCACGCCGCUUCACUGCGCCGUCCAGUUCCAGCGGCUGGACUGUAUUCGGUGUCUGGUGGACGGCGGCGCGCACCUUAUCAUGGCACCGGCACAGCUCGGGGAGCACCUGUGUAGCGCAGCGGCCGCCGGAAAGCUAUCCGGUCUGGAGGCCUACCACCUGGCCCAGGCCGACCUGGGCCAGCCGGACAGCACAGGACGAACCGCCCUGCAUGUGGCAGCGCUGCUGGGUCACUCCGACAUCUGCCGAAUGCUGUUGUCAUACGGCGUCUCCGUCACCGCCAAGGACAUGCUGGGUUUCACACCGGCCGCCUACGCUCGGAUGGCGGCCAAUUUCGACCUGGAGCGCCUGCUGGAGGUGCCUCGCGGCUCGCCGCAGCUGCCGCGACGCGACUCGCCGGAGGACUCCGCCGACUCGGCCGAAGGCUCCAGCGGACUCUCCUCCUUCCUGAGUAAGCGGUUCGCGGGCCAGCUGAGCCGCCAGCUGAGCAGGAAGACGGCCGAGUCUCUGCGCUCGCUGCCCACCUCCGCAGAGGCGAUAUCCCCUCAGCAGGAGGCGCGACCCGACUCCCAGCCCGGCUCUCGGCGCAGCUCGAGACCGGCCUCCCGAGCCAGCUCCGGGUCCGAGUCACACAGAGAGCGACGGUCGGAGACCGAGCUGGCCGGAUCGCCGCCCACACAGCUCAACGGCGACCGGGCUGUGGAGAACGGUGUGCACUGAGCUGGCGCCAGGGCGGGCCAGCGGGUACGGGACGGGGGAGGGCGCCGCAGCUCGUGGAGGGUACGCAAUUCACAUGGUGUCGAAUUAAAGAUCUAAGACUUCUUCAGCUCAUAGUGCUUUUUAGUGGAGGGAUUUUCGCUCAGGAUAAUUUCCCGAUGUCUUCUCUUCCGACAGCGCUGUGUCUUUGCCAUGUCUUUGCGCCUCGACCGAGUUGGUCUGGCUGUAUGAAAACAGUCCGUUUUCUGUUCAUAGGCGUGCUCUUAGCGGUGCGAGGGAAAGAAUCUCAGCCUCGUGCUGGGGAGAGGUCAGUGCAAUGGACGGUCAGAUGUCAGAGGUCCAGAUGCCAUUUCAUGUCAGGGUUGAUGAGCGGAGGUCAGAGCUGUCUCAGAGGUCAUGACCCGAAUUCAGCUUAUGUCGACUGUCGGCAGGUCAUCUGUGAUCCAGGGUCAUGUCGGAGUCAUUGUCGUGCGAUACGUAUCCGAAGGUUGGGACUUUUCAAUUAAGAACAAUCACUAUUCUUUAGAAUUGUGAUUUUCUAUUGAAAAUCCCAACCUGAGCUACCUCUCUAGGGGGGUGUUUAGCGUUUCGGCCGCGAUUUUGGUCAUUUUGAUCCCCGCAAAAACGGCUAGUUAGAUUUUUUUGCCAUUUUCAGCGUUUGGUCCCGUAUGGGGGAGCUACCGGCUGGCAAAGUUAGAAGAAAUAUAAUUGACACGUUUUGGGGUAAUCGGCACGUGCAUUUUCCCAUAGGGUUAACAUGGGGUAAAAUUAAAAAUGCGAUUUACGGAAAAUCUGUUCAGUAAUAUUUGUCCACAUUUUUAGGGUCGGCUCUCGGGCUGGCACCCCACCCGUCGGUGGUAACCGUUUAAAAUAUAAUUAGAGAACUUUCGGGUAAUUGGCACAGACAGUUACCCCAUGUUGAACCUAUGGCGAUUUCGAAAAAUUAUUUUGAAAUCGAUUUGGCAAAAAAUUUCCACGUUAGAUUUUGAAAAUGCUCCAAUAUGUUGUGCCCCGGGGUGUCGGCUACCACAUGGUAUGGGUCAGAUAUGGGGCGAUUGAAAAGCACGUGCCACGUGCAAACGUGUUUGAUGGGGGAACCUCGUGGAAAAUCCGACAUUGACCAACUUGGGGUCCUAUGGCUCAAAAAACCACUCCACCUAGUGACACUAAAUAAGUGCAGCCGGUCAGCAGAUGGGUCCAGCUUGUCGCACCAGUGGUCACGUGGCGCACGUGCUAUUGCACGUGCCGUGGCACGAGGUCAAUUUUUGUGCUUAAAUACACCAACAUUGUUAAAUGCAAGGAAUGGGGGAAAUGGCCGUCAGGCCGUCAGUUUUUAUGAUAGGGUCGAUCUGAAAACGGGUAUAGACACAAAAUGAAGGGGUCUAAAAAACUGCUAUCUCGGAUUUUUUGUAAAAUGAAAAAUUUAAAAUUCUGGGGAAAUUAUAUAUUCGAAAGAUAAAAUUUCCCUCAAUUUUCCCGUUUUUCAAGUUUAGCCGUCCACUGUUCAGAGACGGUGACACCGGCCGGGGUCAUCUUUUACAUGCCGAUGGCCAACAAUAUUGGUCAUGACGUGGCGUAAGCCGUUAAGCUGUCAAAGGUCCGGCACGUGCCACGUGGCCACGUGUUUGAGCCGAGUACCUCCCACAUAAUGGUGUUUUGGCCAACUGGUGGCCGUAUAGCGUGGAAACAGAACCAGCCAAGAACACUAAAUUGGGUCAGUCGAUGAGGGGAAAGGUCCUGCUUUCAUCACCAGUGGUCACGUGGCACACGUGUUCAGCUGGGCUCCUCCUUUGCGGAGAUAUUUUAUCGUGAAAUAUUCAAAUGUCCAUAACUUUCUCAAAUAUGGUCCGAUUGGGUUCAAAUUUGGUGGGUGGCUGCAUUGUUAAGCGUCAAUGACAACUGCGCCGCGUUUGAUGCACCGCGCCACAUUUGUCAUUAUGCGCCAUAAUCGCCCGAAAUCGCAAAAUGUUUGUAACUUUGUCAAACAUGAUCCGAUUUGGAUUCAAUUUUGGGGACGGAUGCAUGCUUAAGCAACACAUACAAAGGACUGCCCUUGCCGCAAUGCGCCACAAUUGUAACAGUGCACCAUUUAUGCCGCAAAACGCACCAGUCCACAACUUUGCCAAAUAGGGACAACACUAUUCGACCACCACCCUUGCAGCAUUCUAUAACUCAGGAACCCACUGGACCGAUCGGGAUGAGCGAAACACCAUUCGAAUUAGGGGAUACGAUUUUAUCAGCCGUUUCGAUGAUGAUGACCUCAAGUGACCUGGGUAACCUCAAAAGGUCAACUUGGCAUUAGCCGUUUUCACGACGGGCUAUCCGGCGAGUGCACCAUAUUUGACCAAAUCUGCAUGUAAUCUCUGGUGCAGCAAAUAUCUUCAUUUUAUGAAUUUAUUUAAGUGUUUUAAUCGAUGAUACUCUCUGAUAAUAUGACAAAGCAGGCAUAGGUAUAAGCGAUUAGCGCAACCCUAGCUGAUAGCUACUAAGAGAUACACUGAACCUAAUUUGACCAAAUCUGCACCUAAUCUGCACCAAAUGUGUACCAGAUGGCCGUCGUGAAAACGGCUAUUGAUGCGCCUAUUGCAGCCAUUCUAUAACUCAGGAACUACUGGGCCGAUCGAGACGAAAACGCCACCAGUCGACUCAGCGUAUGCGAUUUCAUCAGCAGUUUCGAAAAUGGUGAUCUCAGGUGACCUCGGUGACCUUGGAAGGUCACAUGACCGUUGUCGCCUAUGGCAGCCAUUCCAUAACUCAGGGACUACUGGGCCCAUCUGGGCCGAUCGAUGCUUGCGUGAUGCUGCGUGAUGCUGCGUGAUUGUCGUAUCAAAUAGCCCUCAGCAGAAUCAGAAUCAGAAUCAGAAUAUAUUUCGUAACAAAUCCAUUAAAUCAUGGUUUUUCAUCGUCACACGUCAUAUUAUUAAAACGUAUGUACAGGUAGGUAGGCGCUACAGUACCAGUACAGUACAUGUAUCUACAAUCACAUAUCGUCACGUCCAAAUGACUAUUGCACAACGCGCAGAUCACGGCGCUCGAACACCGCCGUGCUGGACGCGCAACAGAUGGCGUCUCAGCCGGGACCUGAAGCCCCGAGCGUUCGCGUCAAAUGGCAGCCGGUUGUACUCCUGCACGCCACUGUAGCACAGACGGCGGCGACCCAGCUCCGUCCGUAUUCUCGUUAGGGCGCGCUGCGAGGAGCCUCGUGUCUGGUAUUGGUGCUCAGCGACUCCACCGAUGCAACCAGCUACGCUCUCAGGUCUCCCCGUGGUUAUCACAGUGUGAACCAGGCACAGCCGGUGGUACAUGACAAGGCUUGGCGCGUCUAGCCAGUUAAGUUGUCGAAACACAUCAGAUAUGUGGUCAUGUUUCCGCCUGCCGCUGACGACUCGAGCUCCAAAGUUCAACAGCUUUUGCACUCUAUCUAUAUAGCUGCGUCGCGUUACACGUGCCGUACACUGAGAUGCAAUAUCUGACAACAGACGUGACAAGGCCUUGCACGAUGGUUACAAGAGUACUUUUUGGUAUGGUGUGUUUGGCGUGCAUUAAACCUACGAGAAUGCCCGUACACUUCGCUGUAACAUGGUCGACAUGUGGCUGGAAAUUUAAAUGGCAGCCCAUGAUCACUCCUAAGUUUCGUACCACCCUGGAAUCUGGCACGACGGUACCCAAGAAGUUCAUCGCGACCGGCGGUAAGCCCCUCAGCAUUCCAGGGGUCCCCAUUACCAGUGCCUGCGUUUUGGCUGCGUUCAGCUUCAUGCCGUGAGAGCAAAACCACGUGUAUAGACACUCGAGUGCGCGUUCCAUGAGAGCGGUUAUGCGCGGCAGGUCGCUUUUCUGGCCGCUGACGAGCAGUUGUGUAUCGUCCGCAAACUGCACCACUCGGACUCCGUCCGGCACAAACAGACUCAGCUCGUUCGUAAACACCGUGUUCAGCAGGCCGCAAGGGGCUCUUUGACGUCAAACGGCCCUUCGAAGGCCUCAAAGGACUCUUAGUUGCUGUCAGAGGGCCCCCAGCAGGUGUCAGAGGACCCUCAGCUGACAUCAAAUGGCCCUCAGCUGGCGUCAAAUAGCGGUCAGAAGGCCUCAAAGGGCCAUCAGCUAGGGCCAAAGCACCCUCAGCUGACGUCAAACGGCCCUCGGAGGACCUCAAAGGGCUCUCGCCUGGCAUUAAAUGGCUCUCAGAAGGCCUCAAAGGGCCCUUGGAUCUUCGGGCCCUUUGAGGGCUUCUUCGUUGUGCCAGUGCUGCUUUGUCGGUAAGGUGCGCAGUCGCCGUGGGUCCCUCGCUCGCCGCCGGGACAGCGAAAGGUUGGUGAUCGGGGCCGCCGUAUGCCCUGGUACGGUCUUCCUGAAUAUCUGUUACGACUGUUACUAGGAAAGUGAGCAUGCCGCCUGAAAAUUGUGUCUUUGUAGUUUGUGGAAUACAAGUGAGAAGAAAAAACUUUCAAUCUCUGGUCUGUGAUCUCGCCACGUAUCAUUGUAAUGACUUUUCAUGCCGAUGUGCCUAAAUAAAUACGCGAAUUGGCGUGAAAA